UUCUCAUAUCGUGACAGUACUCAUGUAUCUUUUGUGUGAAGAUUUCUUUCUGUAGAGUUUCACCGGCAACCGGCAACUUUUCUGGAUAAAAAAUUCUACAUUUAGUCAACUUUGAAGAUAAGUGUGUUUUGAGGCUCCCGCCGUUUUUUUCCCUAGCCGUCUAUAAAAAUAAAUUAUCAGCAACUUCGAAGAGAGACGUGAGCUCUGCAGUUUGCUUUUUGCAUCGAAAGUGAAUGAUAUGCUAAGUGGUUUCCCUGGAAUUCUCUUGAAGGUCGUGACACAAUAAUUCAUCUUGGAUGGAAGUAGAAAAGACAAUCUUCUCAAGCUCGAUGAAUUGCGGCGGAAGUGGGAAGCCAUGGGCAAGUCCAUGUGCCGCUUGUAAAAUUCUUAGGAGGAGGUGUGGAGAGAAAUGCAUACUUGCUCCCUACUUUCCACCAGACAAUCCACACAAGUUUUCUAUCGCGCACCAUGUUUUUGGAGCAAGUAACAUAACCAAGAUGCUUAAGGGUAUUCCAACAGACCAAAGAGCAGAUGCAAUAAGUAGCAUGGUGUAUGAAGCGAAUGCGAGGGUGAAAGAUCCUAUUUAUGGAUGUGCAGGGACUGUAUGCCAACUUCAGCACCAAAUAUCAGAGCUGCAAUCUCAAUUAGCAGCAUCACAGGCAGAGCUUAUGGCCCUCCAUAUGCACCAAGCUAAUCUUCCAUCCUUAGUCUCAUUAUGCUACGCAUCAAAAGAAGAUGCACAACCCACUGAAAGAGACCCACAAUAUAAAGAAAACAAUGAAUAUAACAUCGAUGACUUAUUCCCAGAUGAAAUUGAGCACCUAAUGCUGUGGGAACCACGCUAGACAUAGAUAACAAAUGGUGUUAUUUUCUUAUAGAAGGUGCAAGCUAUGUUGUAUCAGAGACAAUACCAAAGAUGGUAAGUACACUUCAUUUAAGGAGAGUGAGAUGGGUCCGCUGUCUAUAUUAUAGUUUAACCAAAAUUUACAGUGGUUUGUUAUAGGCUAGGAAGAAUAUAGAUAUGGAUCAUGGCAUGGCACAAUUUUGGAGAAGCUUAAUCAACUUACUUGUACAAUCAAGACUAUGGUCUAAGAUUAUUCUAGAACUGUGAGAUUUUUGGGCCCACGGCUUGAAAUUGGUUCCCUCUAGUAUUGUCUUAAGUGCACCUGAUGUUAUGACAGCUCGUGUUGCCGUUGCUUCAGAUCUCAAUGACAUAAGGGUUCCCACUUGAAAAGAUUUUUCCCCGCCUGCUUUCUCAUAUUCUCUCUGCCUUCUGUAUUGUUCCUUCACUUUCAAGGAAAGGCCACUAUAGUUAUCGUCUUUUUCACUUUGUCCAUGCGCCGAAAGUUGUAUUGAGUUUAUCUAUUGCAAUAUAUACUGCUGCUAUUGGUUUGUUUUAUA